AUGGCAACUACAGAUGCAGGCUCUAAGGCGGGACUCGAAACUUUCGAGGGCAUUAACAUUGAUUAUGAAAAGGCUUAUCAAAACAACAAGUUCAAAAUCGCCUGUGUUACAAAGGCCAUCUCCAUACUCCCUUCAGGAUCGAAGGUCCUCGAUGUUGGUUGUCGAACCGAAAUUCCGGUUUCACAAAUGUUAUCUCAAGCCGGUCUAGACGUCGUCGGCUUCGAUAUUUCUCCUAAAAUGGUGCAGCUUGCACAAAGUAGAGUUAAGGGCACCUUCUCCGUAGCCGACAUGGCCGAGUACGAAGUUGAGCAGGAAACGUUUACAGGGGUCUUCAUGAUCUUUGCCCAUCUCCAGAUGUCGUACGCUGCCGUUCAUGCCGCAGUGUAUAAAUAUGCCAGAGCGCUACAACCUGGGGGAAUCAUCGUUCUGGGACAGUCGCCAGGAGAUCACCAUGUCAAAGAAGAGUCCGCAUAUGAUGAAACUAGGACCUACGUUGAGGACUACAAUGUCCCCUUCAUGGGAGAGCCGUUGCCAACAUUCUUGAUGAGCGCGAAGGGUCAAAGGAACUUUUUCCAAUCGAUGGGUCUGGAGAUUGUGAGCGAAACAAUUGACUUGUUCCAACCAGACAACCCAAGGUGCGAUCCAGAAAUGCAGCAGUAUAUUAUUGCAAAGAGACCAGGUGAUGAACCAAUAUCACAACCACUACCUCUUCCUAAGACGACAUAG